AUGUAUACGAUGAAUUUCGAACAAUUGGCUAACGAAUUAUUGCUUGAUAUAUUUGAGUAUCUUUCAGCUGUUGAUAUUCUUCGUGCUUUCAAUCAAUUAAAUACUCGAUUCGAUACACUUCUACUGACUCAUUCUAAAACCUAUCAUCUUCAUUUUCGAUCUGUAUCGAAACAUGAUUUUCGUUUCUUUUGUCAACGAAAUUUACCAUUAAUUGCUAAUCAAAUCAUCUCUCUAACUCUAUCAGACGAUAUUGAAACACCCAAUUCGAUCAAUUCUUUUCUUAGUUAUGGUAUAACUUUCUCCCAAAUGAACUCUUUACGAUCAAUCAAAAUCCACCAUCUUCGUUCGUCGAUGGUAAUGCACCGACUGCUGAUUGAAUGUCAUCACUUUCCUCAUUUAACUCGCCUUGAUUUCACGGAUUGUUCUUUUAAAACUGAAUCUCAAUCCAUUUCAAAUCAACUUAAUAAUCUCUGGAAAUUACCUGAACUUAUCUCUUGUCAUAUGGAUAUCGAUUUUCAUUCGGAAGGUUCUUACACAAUUCAUCCAUCCACAAUUUCGACUUCGCUUCGAUCUCUAUCGAUCGAAUCCUAUUGUUACAGUUGCAAUGACCUAAACAAUCUCCUACGACAUACUCCGUCUCUGCAAUAUCUUCAUAUCUUGCUGCGAGACGAUCCAGAUGAUGAUUUAUCGCUUACGUUCCCAACCACAUCGUUGGUCACAGUCAAAUUAUCCGCAUAUAUGUCGCCAUUGACGUUGACGACUAUUCUAAAGCAUAUUCCGAAACUACGUUGCUUAACCGUUACAACAGAUGAAGUUAACAUGAAUGGGCAUAAUUGGGAAGAAAUUAUUGUCAAAUAUUUGCCACAAUUGAAGCAGUUUCAUCUAAAAAUGAUCUUUCGACUCGAGGAUUAUGAUAACAAAGAGCAACGAGUUGAUGACCUCUUGAAUUCAUUUGGAACACAGUUUUGGUUGCGCGAACAUCAGUGGUUCGUUCGAUGCGAUUGGAAUUGUUGUGAACAAUGUGAUAAAAACAAUAUUUAUCUUUAUACAUUACCGUAUGCGUUCGAUUUUUAUUCUGUUCAUCGAGCGAAUAUCAAAUCGAAAUCAACUCGUCAUGUCGAUAAUGAUGACUCAUCAUAUGAUAACGUUCGUACUAUAGGAUAUGAAAUCAUUCCUACGUGUGAUCGAAUUUCGCCUGUCUUUCGAUUUAAGAAUCUGCAUCAUUUGGAUGUACAUCUUCCUUUCGAUGAGAAUCUAAUUCUUAUAGC